AUGGAUGGAUCGGUGAGUCGCCCGUCCAGCGGCCGGUCCCCGAACAAGUAUGCAUCCUUCAGCCCGAGCAGAAAGGUGGAGGACAAUACCAAGGUCGACACCGUGCAGAUCAAGUUCUUAGACCCAUCCUCCCAGAAGCUCUCCAGCAAGGAGGUCUUCGUAGAUCCGGACACAUGGUCUCGCAAGGCCUCGGAGAUGCGUUUCCUCAUCAGCGCAGACCUGGUGAACCUGGUCGCGGAGUCCUUCGCCGCGCGGAGCGCCCGCUUCGCCAAGGCCAAGAAGCGCUUGGAGCAGUCGCGGCUGUGCUUCCUGGUGGAUCUCUGGAAGCUCCGCGGCCUCGUGGACCGCGUGAGCCGCUGCGUCGCGGAGGGGUGCCAGGCCUGUCCCAUCCAGUUCUUCGUGCCCGAGUUGUACUUCGACGAGCACACGCUGGAGCAACUGAGGCAAGCCAGCGACGUCUUCUUCGAGCACCUGCUGGUUGAGAUGAGCCAGCUCCAGGAGCGCUUGGACUUGUUGGGCGGCAAGAACUGGCGGAACCUGCUGCAGUACUCGUUGAAGUUUAUGAGCACCACAGAGGUGGGGUCCAUGCUCAUGGACGCCAUCCCGGACCCCAAGACCCGGAAGACGGUGGAGAACGCCAUCACGCGGGGGCUUUGGGACCAGAUGGCAGAGCUGCAGCCGGUGCUGGAGGAGCUUGAGGAGGCCAUGGAGGACUACAACGCUCGCUAUGACUGGGUCCAGGAGGACAUCGCCCAGAAGCUGGCUCAGAUUGCCAAGUGCGGGGAGCGGCAGCAAGUGGCGGAGGAGAAGUUCGAGGAAGCGGUGCCAGAGGUGCCCGAGGACUCAUCUUCUGAGAUUGAACCGGAGAACGAGGCUGAAGAUGAGGAGGAGUCGGUUCAGGAUGACAACAGCAGCGCAGCUUCCAGUGCUGACGACUGGGAUGAGGAGGAGGAGGUCCGGAAGUUCAUCCUGCUCAAAGGGGUGCCGCCCUCCAAGGCUCAGCUCAAGAAGAUGCGCAGGACCCAGGCUAGGGAGCAGAAGAUGACGAAGAUGAAGGAGCAGAAGGCCUCCAAGGAGGAGGGCAUCCAGCAGAAGAGCCGGGCGAGGAUCCGCAGCCUUCUGGCGAGGUGGGAGAAGUCGGUGGCCUCCGUCAAGGAGGAGGUGAAGGUCUUGGAGCAACCGCUGCAGGACGCGCAGCAGCAAAGUGCGGACACCAUGGACGAGGACCCGAUCCGCGAAAGUCGCGGUCGAGUCGCUCGCAGGACGCCGCGACAGAAGCACUCCAGGUGGUUCCGGUCUGAGGACGCGCUGUGGCAGCAUGAGCAGGCAAAGCACGUGGAUGAGGAAGACGAACAGGAGCCGAAGAAGUGUGAGAACGAGCAGGAGCCGUCGUCCGGGGAGUACACGUACGAGACGUGCUACACGUACGAGUCGGAGGUGGAGUCGGAGGCGAAGCCGGAAGAGGGGCGGACGGAGGCAGAGGAGCGGGUCUGGUGCCAACUGGACGAGCAGGCGCGCGUUCAGAUGGGCCAGCUGACGAAUGACGAAAAAAAGACGGUGUACCAGAAAUGCCAACAGCAGAAGCAGCUGCGGAAUGUGUCGGCGUGCCUGGGCGGCAGGAUGAAACGGGGGAACGAGUAUCACAACGGGGUCAAGGGUGAGAGGAUGAGGGGGCGCGGGGGUUUGUCAUGGCUUGCGCGCGCUCCCUUCGUGGAGGGCGUGGUCGUGCGCAGUGUGUUCCGCGUGAGCGGCGCUCGGCGAGCCGGGACGAAGGCAGACGGUCAGCGUCCCCUGCGCGCAGGGAGGAAGGCAGACCCGUCCCGCGGCAGCGUAGCGUGGAACGGCAGCCUGGAGGCAGACGCGGCCUGCGGCAGCGCAGCGUGGAACGGCAAGCUGGAGGCAGACGCGUCCCACGGCAGCGCAGCGUGGAACGGCAAGCUGGAGGCAGACGCGGCUUGCCGCAGCGCAGCGUGGAGCGGCAACCUGGAGGUGGAUCUGGGCAUGGAGGCCCUGGCAGUUCGAGUGCACGCCAUCGUGGAGGCCCUGGCAGUUCGAGCGCACGCCAGCGUAGAGGUGGAUCCUGGCAUGGAGGCCCAGGCAGUACGAGUGCACGCCAGCGUGGAGGUGGAUCUGGGCAUGGAGGCCCAGGCAGUUCGAGGGCACGCCAUCGUAGAGGGACGAGUGCAAGAGCAGCUGGAUACCAUUCUGGCGGUGAAGACGGAGAAGGCUGGCUACGUGAGCGGAGCUCACGGCGGCAGCCGCAUGGAGGCCCAGGGACGAGUGCGACAGCAUCCGGAUACCAUUCUGGCGGCGAAGAUGGCGAAGGAGAGGGGCCUGGCUGGGCCGCUGAAGAUCGCCCCUGGCACGGUGGAGCAGCUGAACGAGUUCGUGGACGAGCUCCCGGAGGUGCCCAGGGACAAGGUGUGGUGGGGAACUUCUUUGCAGCUUUGA